AUGUCCGCACCUACUUCUCCUCCUCCGGAGAGCACCGAGGUCGACUCAAAGACUGUCAUUGGUAUCGCCUUCGGAAACACAACAAGUUCGAUAGCAUACACCACUCCAGACGGAAAGGCUGAGGUUAUUGCAAACGAAGAAGGAGAUAGGCAGAUUCCCUCAGUGCUGUCUUACGUCGGAUCGGAAGAAUAUCACGGUACACAGGCAAAGUCACAUUUGGUCAGGAACGCAAAUAACACUGUCGCUUACUUCCGUGAUUUUCUCGGAAAGAGCUUCGCCGAUAUCGACCCCACAAAUAGCCACAACUCGGCACAUCCCGCGGACAUUGAUGGAACCCCAUCUUUCAAUCUUCAACAGAGCGACGAUGAGACUACCACAGUUGUCAGCAUUUCUGAGAUUGCUAGACGCCACCUCGUUCGCCUAAAGGACUCUGCAUCAGACUUCCUUGGAUCCAAGGUCACUGGCUGCGUUAUCACUGUUCCCACUGACUUCUCCGAGGCCCAACGGGAAGCACUCAUUGCUGCUGCUAAGGCUGCAGAGCUAGAGGUAUUGCAAAUCAUCCACGAGCCAGUUGCUGCUUGCCUUGCAUACGAUGCUAGGAGCAAUGAAGUCCCAACCGACAAGACGAUUUUGGUUGUAGAUCUUGGUGGUACCCGGUGUGAUGCGGCAGUUGUUUCGUCCAGAGGUGGAAUGUACACAAUCAUUGCCACUGCCCACGACUACGAGCUUGGCGGUCUUCAGUUGGACAACGUUCUCGUAGAUCACUUCGCAAAGGAGUUUUUGAAGAAGCACAAGAUUGAUCCCAGAGAGACUCCCCGCUCGCUAGCCAGGAUGAAGCUCGAGGCUGAGGGAACAAAGAGGACUUUGUCUCUUGGUACAUCUGCCACAAUCUCCAUCGAGUCUUUGGCUGGUGGCUACGAUUUCCACUCCACAGUUAACAGGCUGAGGUACGAGCUGCUCUCAAAGAAGGUUUUCGAUCAGAUCGUCAAGCUUGCCGAAAACGUCGUCGCAAAGGCAGAUCUUGAUUUGUUAGAUAUCGAUGAGGUCAUCCUCUCCGGUGGUACCUCUCAUACCCCUAAAAUCGCAUCUCGCCUCGCCCAGAUCUUCCCUGAAUCUACACCUAUCAAUGCCCCGGCGACCUCUGCCACAGCUCUCAACCCUUCUGAGCUUUCCGCACGUGGUGCCGCCAUCCAGGCUUCCCUUGUUGCCGAAUUCGACCAUGAGGAUAUUGAGCAAUCAACUCACCCCGCCGUCACCGUCGCUCCCCACCUUGCCAAGUCCAUCGGUGUUUGCAUCGAUGGUGCUGAGGAGGCAUUCCAAACUCUAUUGGAGGCUCAGACCGCUGUUCCUGCACGCAGGACAGCCCAGUUCAUCGCUCCCAAUGGCGGUGAUGUGGUCGUAAGGGUUUGCGAGGGUGUUCGCGAAAUCGUGGUAAUCAAGCCAGAGAAGAAGCCAAGCAACGGUGUUAAGGAUGAGGAUGAAGAAGAUGACAGCGAAGAGGAGGAGGAAGAGGAGGAGGACAUCAAGAACAGAGUUUUUAAGGUUGACCGUGUCAUUGCUGAGGCUGGAAUCAAGGAUGUGAAGAAGGGCGCCAAGAUCGAGGUUACAGUAAACGUAGCCGAUGAUCUAAGCCUUAAUCUUGCGGCCAGGGUUGUAGGCGGACAGCAGACUGUUAGGGGAAGCGUGGAGGGGCCCGCGAAGGCAGAGUAG